AACAUCACGUGGUACAGUGGAUAUAUUCAGCGACAUCACACACGCGCUGCUAGUUAUAUACACCAGGCUUAGGUGAACUAAAAGCACUACUUAUUGGAUAUUUCAACCCCCAAAUCAUGUAAAUCUAACAGAUAGAGUUCCUUUAAGGCUUUUUAUCCGGUAUCAUCAUGGCUAGUCCAUUGACAGCCGAAUCCGGGGCUGUGGGGCCUGGUGAAGAACAUCCAGAGUCUGGAACAGAGGCCCGGACACCUGUACGAGCGCAGCCGCCUCAGCAGCAGCUUCAGGUGGGGUGUGCUGGCGCUGGUGCCGCUGUGAUGGUGGAGGCGCUGGAUGAUGCUGAAGGCUUGUAUGUAGCGGUGGAAAGAUGUCCGCUCUGUAACACAGCCCGACGCAGACUGACAUGCGCCCGAUGCAUCCAAAACGGAGAUUUUGUGUAUUUUGACGGGAGAAACCCGGAGAGGUACUCAGAAAAACUUGAACGACUUCAGAAGCUGAAAAAUGAAAAGGAGGAUCUACAACAGAGAGUCAUUAAAGCCAUGGAGAAGAAAGUUCAGGCUGAUCAGCUUAGGUGGAAAAUCAUGUCAUGCAAGAUGAAGAUCCAGCAACUCAAAGAAGCCAUCUGUACUGGCAAUGAAGAAGUGAAAAGUGGCAAGGAGCUAUUGAUACGUUCACAAGAGGAGGGGCAGAGACUUCAGCGUCGGGCCUGUCGGCAUCAGGAGAAGAGAGAUAAAAUUAAGCGACACAAUCAACGUCUUGGUGAGCUUCUGGAAAAGAGAUCCAAAGAGUUUCAGGGAAAGCUGGAGGCGCUUGCCGAAGUACGGAGAGAGCACAUCCUGGACCUCACCACACAUAUCUUUCACAUACAGGAGGAGAAGCAAGGCAGCAGGGACCCUGCCGAUCCAGUUGUGGCUGAAUAUGAUCUCGCUUUGACCUCUAGCACCGUUUGUGAACUCGCCGAGGCGAGACGAACUACGUAUCACUCGGGCCGCUGGAUCUGGGAUGAUCAAAACGGAGAGACGAGCAUCAGCAUCACCGGGCCAGAUGUCACGCUUCCUAGUAAUGGCGACUGUUCAGCUUAUUACAACUGGGUGGAGGAGAAGAGUGGAAACCAGGGGCCAGAGUUGGAUCACAUGAACCCAGCCCACACCAUCAGUGCCGCUCUCUGCUAUGCCACACAGCUCGUCAACAUCUUGUCUCAUAUUCUGGAUGUCAACCUUCCGAAAAAGUUGUGCAACAGCGAGUUCUGCGGUGAUAAUCUGACCCGAUACCGCUUCACCCGUGCUGUAAACAAAAUCAACACCAACAUCCUGCACCUUUGCUUCUCGCAGCAUGUCGACGGCGAGCUUCAUCCUCACCAUACUUUGAGGAACAUCAUGUUUUUAGUGUCACCAGCAAACAAGAACCUCGGCAGAACUGGGCCUUUUGAAGUGAGCGCAGGCUUAGAAGAAUCUAUGGAGUUUGUGGAACCAGAGGCAGCCGGACCUGCGGAGGAGAGCGGAGACGAGGCAGUAACGGAUGAAGAAACGGACUUGGGCACAGACUGGGAGACAGUUCCCAGUCCUCGUUUCUGUGACAUCCCGUCUCAGCCUAUGGAUCUUUCCCAAAGUGGAAUGCAGGCGUCUCAGCCGGUGGGCAACGCUGGUGGCAUGAUCUCAUCUGCAGCUGCUUCCGUCACGUCCUGGUUCCGUGCCUACACGGGGCAGCGCUGAGACCAGGUGGAAAUGGUAUAACCCCAAUAGUUGCACCGUUCUCGUUGGUUAACUUGCAUAUGUGGACAAAGGGAAGUUUUUGGUCAUAUGACUCCUCAUAAUAAAUAAAUGUUGGAAACCAGAGGGAAGCAUGUGAUCUUGAGAAACAACUAAUUUUACACAAGUAGCUUACAAUAUACUGUGGACAUCAUGCAACCUUCACCCAGUGUACAUUGCCAAAUAUCCUUUUUGUUUUUUCAUUGAAACUGUACAAAGCAUUUUUGGACAGACUUGAAUCUGUGCCGUCAAUAAUUCAACUGAUGGAUUGCAAGUUCUCAUGAAAAACAAAACUGUUCACCAGCUUUUCAAAGAAUAUCACUGUAUAAAAGAAAUGUUGCUGGACUAAAAGAGUGAAAUUAUUAUGGGUGUGUCUUGUUAUAUUAGAUUAUACAUUUUUAAGAGGAAUUGUAUUUUAUGACAAAAGAAGUGUGCAGUUUUUCCUCCUUACAAACAUGCUGUAUCAGGUAUAAUUAUGCCUGUCGUUAUGAGUUUGGCUCGUUGCUGUAAAGGCAGAUUAAGACUUGUCAGCAUUUUGCCCAUAUUUAUAUUACCAACCUCUAGUUGUCAAAAGAAAACAGAACUUUAUACUCUUAGGGAAUGUGCGCUUCAUAUAAAAUGUAUUUGUAUUGGUAGAUUUGACAGGUAAUAAAUGGAAAACUGAUAAAGAAUAGAGACGUAAGUCUACAUUUUGUAGAUUUCACAUAAACUGUGACCCUGGACCACAAAACCAUGUCAUAAAUAGCAUGGGUAUGUUUGUAGCAUAUGUAUGGGUCAAAAUGAAUAAAUUUAUGGGAUAAGGGAUACACUUUCCCUUUAUGCCAAAAAUCAUUAGGAUAAAAAUAAAGAUCAUGUUCGAUUAAGAUAUUUUAUACAUUUUUUUUUACCAUAAAUAUUUUAAAACUUUUAUUUUUGUGAGUGGAUGCAGUUCUGAGGACUUUAUUUGCAGAACUUUAAAGGCGAUUUUCUCAAUAUUUAGGUUUUUGCGCCCUCAGAUUACAGAUUUUCAAAUAGUUGUAUUUCAGUCAAAUAUUGUCCUAUCUUAAAGGAAUAGUUUACCCAAAAAAUGAAAAUUAAUUUCCUCAUUUUCUCAUCCUCAUGUUGUUCUAAUCCUGUAGUAGGAAAUAGUAGAAAAAAAGACAACUUCAAUGGGUGCCAUCAGCUGUGUGCUUACCAUCAUUUAGCAAAAAUCUUUUUUUUGUGUUCAUCAGAAUAAAGAAAUUCAUACAAAUUUAGAACAACACGAGGGUGAGAAAAUGACUGAAUUUAAAUCUCUUUAACAAUUCAUAGAUCAAUAGAAAUCUCUCUCUCUCUCUU